CCAUUACCUCCUUAGUCCUUCCCCAAUGGUUUACCUCCAUCUAGCGUCUUUUUUUCCUUCCCCACACCACACUCUUAUAAGUGCCUCUCUCAACCUAACAUUUAUUUCAAACACCCAAUUUCUCUAAACCAAAAUGCGUUUCCAAAACUGAAAAAAAAAGGAAGAAAAAACACCCUGUCACUGUCAGUUAACAUUAAUCAAUGGAAGAGUGUUGUCACACGGUGUUCGGAAAGUACGAGAUGGGGAGGCUUCUGGGUAAGGGGACGUUUGCCAAGGUGUAUUACGGGAAGCAAAUAAGCACGGGGGAGAGCGUGGCGAUUAAAGUGAUCAACAAGGAGCAGGUGCGGAAGGAGGGAAUGAUGGAGCAGAUCAAACGCGAAAUCGCGGUGAUGCGUUUGGUGCGUCACCCAAACGUGGUGGAACUAAAAGAAGUGAUGGCAACAAAGACGAAAAUUUUCUUUGUGAUGGAGUACGUGCGAGGCGGGGAACUAUUCGCCAAAAUCUCGAAAGGGAAACUGAAAGAAGAUCAGGCCCGUAAAUAUUUUCAACAAUUAAUCAGCGCCGUUGAUUACUGCCACAGCAGAGGGGUAUCCCACCGCGACCUGAAACCCGAGAACCUUCUCCUGGACGACAACGAGAAUCUCAAAAUCUCGGACUUCGGACUCUCGGCGCUGCCGGAGCAGCUUCGCUACGAUGGACUUCUCCACACCCAGUGCGGCACCCCUGCCUACGUGGCACCCGAAGUGCUGAGAAAAAAAGGGUACGACGGGUCGAAAGCCGAUAUUUGGUCAUGCGGCGUCGUUUUGUAUGUUCUCCUGGCUGGGUUUCUCCCUUUCCAGCACGAGAAUCUGAUGACCAUGUACAACAAAGUCCUACGCGCGGAAUUCGAGUUUCCACCGUGGUUCUCGCCGGAUUCCAAGAGAUUGAUCUCGAAGAUUCUGGUGGCGGAUCCGUCCAAGAGAACCACGAUUUCCGCGAUAACCCGCGUGCCGUGGUUUCGCAAGGGCUUCUCCUCGUUAUCCGCGCUGGACACGUGUCAGACGGAGAAGAAGCAUGACGCGGUUGCCGAGGAGGGUUCCAAGAGUCCCAAAUUCUUCAACGCCUUCGAGUUCAUUUCCUCCAUGUCUUCCGGCUUCGACCUCUCGGGGCUGUUCGAGAGCAAGAAGAAGACGGCCGCGGUCUUCACCUCCAAGUGCUCCGCGGCGGCCAUCGUGGCCAAGAUCGUGACGGCGGCGCGGGGGCUGAGCUUCAGGGUGGCGGAGGUGAAGGACUUCAAGAUCAUGCUGCAGGGGACGGCGGAGGGGCGGAAGGGGAGGCUGGCCGUCACGGCGGAGGUGUUCGAGGUGGCGCCGGAGGUCGCCGUGGUGGAGUUCUCGAAGUCCGCCGGCGACACCUUGGAGUACGCCAAGUUUUGCGAGGAGGACGUGAGGCCCGCGCUCAAGGACAUUGUUUGGACGUGGCAAGGGGAUGCCACGUGUACUGCUAAUGUCCCCGUCUGUCACGGUGACCCAACGCCCGUUGUCACCGUGUAAUUUAAUUAAAUGAAUACUAUUAAUUAAUAAUUAGUGUGACGGACGGAGAGUUCUAGAAUAGAAAAAAAGAAACGGUAAAGUUCUACUAACGAUUUUGGGUUUGUCGCUUUCCUCUUUAUUCCCUGCUUAAUUUUCACAAAAGAUAGGGUUUUCUUUUGCUUGUACAUAAAUUGUAAUUAUUCUCCUGUUUGCAUUCCGAAUCAAGCUUCAAUUACUUUCUUAAAUUCAA